AUGGUCGCCGUUGCCGCCGCUCCAGCAUCUGUGGCGCCGUCCCCUGCGCCCAAGGCCAGCGACAGCAGGAAGGCGGUGGUGCCCGUGGAUGCGUCGGAGCUGGAGAAGCACGUGCUGGCGGUGGACGAUAGCUCCGUGGACUGCGCCGUGAUCGCUAGGAUCCUGCGCGGCUCUAGGUAUAGGGUGACCGCGGUGGAGUCGGCGACACGCGCGCUGGGCCUGCUCCCCGACGUCAGCAUGAUCAUCACCGACUACUGGAUGCCCUGGAUGACCGGGUAUGAGCUGCUCAAGCGCGUCAAGGAGUCAGCGGUGCUCAGGGGCAUCCCCGUCGUCAUCAUGUUGUUGGAGAACGUGCCCACCCGCAUCACCCGCUUCCUGGAGGAGUUCGACCCGCGCCUCGCCGAGAUUAUUGGAGAGGAGCUUGAAGUUUUAACUGGAAUGGAGUCGAUCUGUUUAUCUUAG